CUCCUGACUCCGGCGGAAGCGUGGGAGCCGCGCGGGCCGCCGUUCUCUCGAUCCCUCUGCCGCCGUCUCAGCCCUCGCCCCUCGCGGGGCCCCGGCGUCCCCGGCUGCUGCUCGCGCCCGGCCCGGGAACCAGAUUUUGGGGAAGUAUAAUAUUUUGUCAUUAUGAGAUGUCGUCUCUCGGUGCCUCCUUUGUGCAAAUUAAAUUUGAUGACUUGCAGUUUUUUGAAAACUGCGGUGGAGGAAGUUUCGGGAGCGUUUAUCGAGCCAAAUGGAUAUCACAGGACAAGGAGGUGGCCGUAAAGAAGCUGCUCAAAAUAGAGAAGGAGGCAGAAAUACUCAGCGUUCUCAGUCACAGAAACAUCAUCCAGUUUUAUGGAGUGAUUCUUGAACCUCCCAACUAUGGUAUCGUCACAGAAUAUGCUUCUUUGGGGUCACUUUAUGAUUACAUUAACAGUAACAGAAGUGAAGAGAUGGACAUGGAUCACAUUAUGACCUGGGCCACAGAUGUAGCCAAAGGGAUGCACUACUUACAUAUGGAAGCUCCUGUCAAGGUGAUUCACAGAGAUCUCAAAUCAAGAAAUGUUGUUAUAGCUGCUGAUGGAGUACUGAAGAUCUGUGACUUUGGUGCCUCUCGAUUCCAUAACCAUACAACACACAUGUCCUUGGUCGGAACUUUCCCGUGGAUGGCACCAGAAGUCAUCCAAAGUCUCCCUGUGUCUGAAACUUGUGACACAUAUUCCUAUGGUGUGGUUCUCUGGGAGAUGCUAACAAGGGAGGUCCCCUUUAAAGGGUUGGAAGGAUUGCAAGUAGCUUGGCUUGUAGUGGAAAAAAACGAGAGACUAACCAUUCCAAGCAGUUGCCCCAGAAGUUUUGCUGAACUGUUACACCAGUGUUGGGAAGCUGAUGCCAAGAAACGGCCCUCUUUCAAGCAAAUCAUUUCCAUUCUGGAGUCGAUGUCAAAUGACACCAACCUUCCUGACCAGUGUAACUCCUUCCUGCACAAUAAGGCAGAGUGGAGGUGUGAAAUUGAAGCUACUCUUGAGAGGCUGAAGAAACUAGAACGUGAUCUCAGCUUUAAAGAGCAGGAGCUCAAAGAGCGAGAAAGACGACUGAAGAUGUGGGAGCAAAAGCUGACAGAGCAGUCCAACACCCCGCUUCUCUUGCCUCUUGCUGCAAGAAUGUCUGAGGAGUCUUACUUUGAAUCUAAGACAGAGGAAUCAAACAGUGCAGAGAUGUCUUGUCAGAUCACAGCAACAAGUAACGGGGAGGGCCAUGGCAUGAACCAAAGUCUACAGGCCAUGAUGCUGAUGGGCUUUGGGGAUAUCUUCUCAAUGAACAAAGCAGGAGCUGUGCUGCAUUCUGGGAUGCAGAUAAACAUGCAAGCCAAGCAGAAUUCUUCCAAAACCACAUCUAAGAGAAGGGGGAAGAAAGUCAACAUGGCCCUAGGGUUCAGUGAUUUUGACUUGUCAGAAGGUGAUGAUGAUGAUGAUGAUGGUGAGGAGGAGGAAAAUGAUGUGGAUAAUAAUAGUGAAUGAAAACAGAAUGCAAAACCAUAGAAUCUAGAAGGUUUGGAAGAAAACACAAGCAAAUGGUUAUCUUAAUCUGCACAAACACCAGAAAGGAGGUAGAAAACCAGCUACUGCAUUGUUGGGCCAGUUACUUUUGUAUGAUAGUCAUUUCUCUAUCAGCUUUACUGUUGAUUUGUUUUUGCUUACUGAAAAUAAGUGUGAGGAAACAAUUAAGCCAAAAAUGGUAUAUUUACUGAAUCAGCAGAUGUGGUGCCUGAUUAUAGAAAUCCAUUAUUCUGUAAACAGGAUAGUACUUUUUAUUUGUAACAUUUUUUUUUCUUAUGGCAAUAUAUUGUCCUGUCAGAAAUCAUUGAUAUGGACUACAAGAUCCAACAAGGAAAAAAUUGAAAAGAAAGAUUAGAACAAACACUUCUUCUGAAAUACCUGAAUGCCAGGAAUUUUCAAAACUUCAUGGCACAGCUACUCCAGGUCAGACCUGAGAGAUGUCCUCAAUAGUACACGUGAAGGAGGAAUACUCUCAUUUGAAACCAACAGCAGAUGUUUCAGGCUUUCAUACCAGUGCCAGCCCUGGAAGCUUCUUAACACACUGUCAUCUAAGACCUAGCCUGUUCUUCAUCCUAAGAAAGACAAGGUCUUAAAGGAAUACUUCUAGACAGGGCAAGUGACGAUAUAGGCCUGGCCUGCACCUCCAGUAAGGGUGUGGUCAUCUGUGUUCACUUUCCAGAGGGGCCUGAUAAUCCUGGAUUCUGCGUAGCUAUGGAGCUCAUUUGAAGAGGGCACUAGAUAUUAUAAAAGAAAUGUAAAAGAUCAGUUAUCCUUACUUGAGUAAGAUGCAGGCAAAGAAGGCCCUUUUUAAUCUUGAAACUGACUUCCUAGAGUCGUCUUUCUUGAACCCUGAAUCUGCCAAGCUGCUGUUAGUAAGAAGUAUUACUUUACAAACCAACUUAGCCAGAGAAUUCCUCAGCAUGUUUUCACAUAUUUGUCAAGAUAUAUUUAAACUCCAAAACUCUGCUUUAAAAAAAAAAUCUACAAAACAUUUGUAGUUCUGAAAGACAAAGAACAAAAACUUUUUCUGAAGCCUAAGUUAGAAAGUAGUGCCAUUCAUUAAUUAGACUGUAAAACCGAAACUCUUUUGGUAGUUUCUUUUAGGGAAAAUUAAGGCAAAAAUUGUUGGUACAUAGAUUAUCUAAAACACUUUCUAAAUAUAUUCAGUCAUAAAAUGCCUCUUGGAAUUUGAAGCAUACAUAACAUGCCUCUAAUCCCCAUUAAGAAUGAAAAAUUCCACAAACUCAUCAGUACAUGGUACCGUCUUUAUUUGGAGAAAAAAAAAAUAACAAGAUACUCAGAGUGUUAGAGAUAGAAGUCUACAGCAUAGUCGUAAUAAAAAAUGAGAUUAUGACUCAGAGUUCUGGGUCUCCUUGCUGUGUAACUGGGUCAAAUUAUUAAGCCUUACUGUGUCUGUUUGCUCAUCUUCAACAGAGGAAUGUAACAGUGCCUACUUCAAAGUAUUGUUGUGAGGGCUAAAUAAAAUAGGAUAGUGCGUAAUAGGUAAGUGCCAAACCCGUGGCCUGCUAGUUAAUGUAGUUAAUUGAUACUGGUUAUGCCAGUGAAAUGACUGGACAUUAAGUGGUUUCAGUAGACUUCUGAGAAACCAAACUGUCAAUUCCCAGUGCUACUUGUUGAGUGGUAGGUGAUGAAAUUAGAAGUACGUCACUUUCAGUAAAGACAAAGAGAAUAUUCCUAGGACUUAAGCUAUUCAGACAAAUUUAAUCUGUUGCUGUUUGAAGACUUAACGAACCCUGGCUAGGCUUACCUAGACUGAGGUGUUUGCAAGUGACAUGUGUUACCUUUUAGUAGACGUGGAAAGAAUAGAAAACCUUCCCUUAGAAAAUGGAUUCCCCACACACUUCUGAUAUGAUGUUUAAAUCUGUACAAACAUAGACACAGACACAUGUACAGUGCAGAAUAGUUCUGGUGAUGAAUAGGCAUACACAUAAAAAUAUCAUCCUGUCUAUGCUUAAACACAGAGGAGUACAACUCCCUACUUCACACCAAGCCUCUCAAGCAGAACAUUUUUUCAAGACAUAUAAAUAAUUUUAUUGUAAUUUUUUAAUGCAGCUUACAUAAAGUCUGAUAAUACCAACCUCAUAGUCUCACUUCUAAGUUACAUCUGUGGAAGCAAGUUUAUAAAUGUGUUAAGCCACUAAAUUUUUUUUUAAUUUUAUUUUUUUAUCAAUGGGAGGGAUAGGAAGAGAGAGAGAAAGAACCAGACAUCACUCUGGUAUAUGUGCUGCUGGGAUUGAACUCAGGGCCUCAUGCUUGAGAGUCCAAUCAAGCAGAACAUUUGUAAAAAUUAUUUCUUUAUUGGGGGGGUUAAUGUUUUACAGUUGACAGUAAAUAUAGUAGUUUGUACAUGCAUAACAUUUCUCAGUUCUCCACACAAUGAUACAACCCCCACUAGGUCCUCUGCCAUCCUGUUCCAGGACCUGAACUCUCCCUGCUACCCACCCCAGAGUCUUUUACUUUGGUGCAAUACACCCAACUCCAGUCCAGCUUCUCAAACAGAACAUUUUAGAGCCAAGUAGUAAGUGGUGACUGUUUAUAAUGCACGACUACCCAGCAUGCCUGAGGCAGUAUGGCCCAGCAGUCUGCAGAAGAAAAUCAACGAUGGUAGCCUCUUUCACAUCAUUCUGGCAAAGACUCAUUCAGUGAGCCUCCCUUCACCACACCAGGCACUGUUCUAGCGCCACAUAGACAAAGGCUAGCAAGCUGAGAUGGACAGAAAUAAGGCAGGCACACCAUAUAGUAUGUCAACAUUGCAUACUGGGAAAUGGAGCAGGGAAGGGAGGAUACAGCAUGCAGGGAAGUGUUGUACACUUCAAACUGGUCAGAAAAGGCUUCACUGCUAAGGGAAUCUCUUUGACUAAUUUUAACUCCUAUGCACUUUUUGUAAGAAUAUAAACCUUGCCUCAUUUAACAAUGAUCAGCAAUCACUUUACAGCAUAUAAAUGGAAUGAAUCUGACACUGCACUUGUCUUAACUUACAUACAAAGCUGUUAUUGUACAUAAAGUUGUGUGCAUUAAUAAAGACAGCCAAAUAGGACCAAAAGAGAAAAGAGCCUAAACUAAGAUCUAGAUUUAUCACAUUAGGUAAUACUUGUUUAAUAUCGUAGCUGCUGCCAUCUUCCUCACCCGUGUUCUAGAGGUGGCCAUGGUGUUACCAUUAAGAAAUAGCAAGGAUUUAAGAUACAGCAGACUGAUCACCUUAACGAGAAGCUUGAAACCGUUCAUGUCAGGAGCCCAGUGAAGAAUUCAAUUCAAAAUACCAACAAACUGUCCCAUAUACCAUUGGGGUACUUGCUAGCUCUGGCAGUUGUAGAAUAUACAUUAGUCCGCCCCACCCACCCACCCAACCCCAACCACCCCACCCCACCCCCCACCAAGCAAAAUCACCCAAGUCAAAAGAUGCACUUUCAGAAUUACAGCCACUAUACAACCUGAAUUUUGUACAGUCAUGGGACUUAAGUCACUACUUGUGGACAAGGCUUAUUUUGACUUUACAAUCUGGAAAAAACGUAGUGAAACAGAUACAUUUGCUGGCGAGGAGGCGGGUGCAGUGAAGAGGUGGUGUUACUUUCCUGUUACACUGAUUCCACAAUAAAGAAAAAAGAAAAACUUCAUUGAGAGAACUGUAAUUCUGCGAAGUAGCAAGGUUGAUUUAAAAGAGUCCUUUCACUAAGUCGUGUUUGCUUGCAAAAAUCAUAUUUUAAUCUUUCUUAUAAGUAAGCAGUAGAAAAAGGCUGAGGCACAUAGCAUGUUUGUUGAUGAUGUAGACAUGUUGAAGGUUGGUCUUAGACCAGAGAAAGAUUUAACAUGCAGUAGCGUCAUUAUACAUUACGAGCAGUGAAUUCCAGCUCGAUCUCCACAAAAAUAAAAAAAAGACAACUGGGGCUAGGGUAAGUUUGGGAGAAUUCAGAAUGACUUCUCAAAAUCACUACAGUGUAAAUAACUAUAGGAUUUUCUUUAGCGUGCUAAGAAUUUCAUGAAAAGAUAGUUUUAAGACUUUUUUUUCUGAGUUAAAUAUUGACUCUUAAGUUUUUGAAACACUAACCUCAUUGCAGUCCUUCAAAAAGGAAAAAAUAAAUCUAGCUUAGUCUCAUCAUGCCACAUAGAUGAUAGAGGACAAGUUUUUCUAUAAUCAGGCACCUUUUGAUGCUUUUGAGUAAGACUGUUUUGCUCUUUAGAUUUUAAGCAUUAGCAGAGAAAAAAGAGCUUGCUCUGUUCCUUUGCUGUGGUGUAACCUGAUAACUCUAGACACAGCCUUGCUGUGCUGACAAACAAGUGUCUACCGGAAAGUCUGGAGGACUAGCUAUAUUCUCUCCGAUUCCAACCGAAUUUGCACUCUGCUGAGGAGCUGUCUGGCGUGUGGUUCCAUUUACUUCAGAGCUAGACCUUCAAGCACCAACAUGAACUAUUUUAUACUGUGUGCAGAAUAGUAUAUCUACUGGUGUCAGGUACAAUGCACUGCACAGUUUGUUUUUGCACUGUUUUAAAAGUUUUGUACUAAAUAAUAGAAAAUAUUUAUAUUCUUUGAGUGUGAGCUUUAAAAAGAUGGCAUUAUCACUUUAUUGUUUUUUUAACAAAGCCUCUUUUUUUCACAAUUAUUUUACUGCAAUGUUAUUCUGAGCAAGUCCUAUGCCAAAGAUCAUGUAUAAUGUUUGUAUGGAAUGUUAAAUUUGACUCCUGUGUGCCAAGACUACUCAGUUACUGACUUCGCGGUUGGAAUUUGAUAUUCCAGCGCACAGUCCACAGUGUAUUCAGAAAUCUGGUUGGUGUCAUACAUUUCAUUUUGAUGUGAACUUUUCUUUGCUUCCUUUGUUUUAAAACUACAUUUUGCAAUAAACGUUUUGACAGUAAA